CCGCCCCCGUGGGGGCACGGCCCGGGCGCGGCCAUGUUGCCGAAGCGGAAAAGCCGGGAUCCAGUUGCCUUUUCUCUACAAAUGCCUCAGACCCCUGUUGGCCACCGUCCCGCAGUUCCGAGCCACGCGGGCGAAGUUCGGCGAAGUAAGUUCAGGCGCCGGCCGGUCGUGGUGGUGUGUGGCGAAAAUCAGGUGCUGGCUCUCCAGGAACUAGACAAAUCAAGGGAAGAGGGAGGAGAAGACUCCAAGACUUAGAUCAAUGGGGAAACCAUUGACUGGAGACUGAGAUUUUUGAACAGAAAUUUAGAGCUGAUCCGGAAGAGCUAAAGACAGAGCAUCCAAGUUAGCAGCCAUUUCCCCAAAUCAAAAGAUGAUGAUCCAGGCCCAGGAAUUCCUGACUUUUGAUGAUGUGGCUGUGGACUUCACCUGGGAGGAGUGGCAGCUCCUGGCCCCUGCUCAGAAGGACCUGUACCGGGACAUGAUGUUGGAAAAUUAUAGGAACCUGGUGUCAGUGGGGUAUCAAGCCAGCAAACCAGAUGCACUCUCCAAGUUGGAGCGAGGAGAAUUUUGGAUGAGAGAAGAUGAAAUGCACAGUCAGAUCUGCCCAGAAAUCAGGAACGUUGAUGAUUCUCUGCAAUGUCACUUGGAAAAUCGAAGCAAUCAGAAGAGUGUGGAACGAUGGUGUGAACAUAAUACAUUUGCAAAUAUUCUUAAUCAGAGAGAAAGUCAUUUCCUGUUAAAGCAAAAUUAUGAUAUAUUUGACUUAUGUGAAAAGCCUUCAAAAUCAAAUUUAAGUUUUGAAAGCAGGGGUAUAAACUAUAACUCAAAGAACUCUGAGUUUAAUGAAGAUGCGAAAUCCCUUCUUUAUACUAACCAAGAACAAUUUUAUAGUGUAAUAAAAUUUCCUGUAAGUGUAAAACCCAUCAACAAUAAUUCCCAGGUCAUUAAACAGCAGAGAAUUCAUAACAUGCAGAAAGCCCAUGUAUGUGGUGACUGUGGGAAAGCCUUUGUCAAGGUGUCUCAGCUCAUUGAUCAUCAGAGAGUUCAUACUCGAGAGAAACCUCAUGGAUGCAGUCUGUGUGGGAAGGCAUUCUCUAGAAAAUCCAGGCUAACUGAACAUCAGAGAACUCAUACAGGACUGAAACACAAAUGUACUGAAUGUGACAAAACGUUCUUCAAGAAAUCACAGUUCAAUUUACACCUGAAAACUCAUACGGGACAGAAGCCUUAUACAUGUAACGAAUGUGGGAAAGUGUUCAUCAAGAAGUGUCAGCUUAUUUAUCAUCAGCGAACUCAUACAGGAGAGAAGCCCCAUGCAUGCAGUCUAUGUGAGAAAGCCUUCUCUACAAAGUUCAGUCUCACUACACAUCAGAAAACUCAUACAGGAGAGAAACCUUAUAUAUGCUGUGAUUGUGGAAAAGGCUUCAUUGAGAAGAGGCGUCUUGUUGCACAUCAGCGAACUCAUACUGGUGAGAAACCUUUUAUAUGCAAUGAAUGUGGGAAAGGUUUCACCUUGAAGAACAGUCUUAUCACACAUCAGCAAACUCAUACAGAACAGAAAUUGUAUAUGUGCAGUGAAUGUGGAAAAGGCUUUUCAGUGAAGCACUGUCUCAUAGUACAUCAGCGAUCUCAUACAGGAGAGAAACCCUACACAUGCAGUGAGUAUGGAAAAGGCUUCACCUUGAAGAGUCCUCUCAUCAGACAUCAGCGAACGCAUACAGGAGAAAAGCCCUAUGUGUGCAGCGUAUGUGGAAAAGGGUUUACCAUGAAGAGUGAUCUCAUUGUACACCAGCGAACUCAUACUGCAGAGAAGCCAUAUAUAUGCAACGAUUGUGGGAAAGGCUUCACCGUGAAGAACCGUCUGAUUGUACAUCAACGCACUCACACAGGAGAGAAACCUUAUAUAUGCAGUGAAUGUGGGAAAGGCUUUCCAGCAAAGAUACGGCUGAUUGGACAUCAACGAACUCAUACAGGAGAGAAGCCCUAUAUAUGCAAUGAAUGUGGAAAAGGCUUCACAGAGAAGAGUCAUCUCAAUGUACAUAGGCGCACUCAUACAGGAGAGAAACCCUAUAUAUGUAAUGAAUGUGGCAAAGGCUUAACUGGGAAAAGCAUGCUCAUUGCCCAUUUGCGAACUCAUACUGGGGAGAAACCGUAUAUAUGCAAUGAAUGUGGAAAGGGCUUCACCAUGAAGAGUACUCUGGGUAUACAUCAGCAAACGCACACUGGGGAGAAACCAUACAAAUGCAAUGAAUGUGAUAAAGCUUUCAGGAAGAAAACCUGCCUCGUACAACAUCAGAGAUUUCACACAGGAAAAACUUCCUUUGCGUGUCCUGAAUGUGGAAAAUAUUCUUUGCGUAAAAAUGACCUCAUUACCCAUCAGAGAAUUCACACAGGAGAGAAACCGUAUGAAUGUAGCGAGUGUGGGAAAGCCUUCACUACAAAGUCGGGGCUCAAUGUUCAUCAAAGGAAACAUACAGGAGAGAGGCCCUAUGGAUGCAGUGAUUGUGGGAAAGCUUUUGCCCACUUGUCAAUCCUCGUUAAACAUAAGAGAAUUCAUAGAUAGUCACUUUGGGAUAACCUGUUGCCAGUUGUAGGCCCUCAAGAUAAUAGUAUGUAAUGAAAAUAACAGUGCAAAGAAUGGUAUCAUCUUGAGUAAUCAAUUGUGUCAUAUUUUAUGUUGAGGAAAAAAUUUACAAAACAACUCACAAUCGUCCUUGAUGAAAAUGUUUUAGGACAUUAUACAUCUAAAAAGUGUAGAUUGAAAUAGAGUCUAUGAAUGUGAAAGACGAGGAAAGCCUUCAGUGGGAAGUAGACCCUAUCAUGUGAUCAUCAGAGAUCAUGGGUAUUUCCAGUUGGCAGAAAUGUAACUGUGGGGAAACCUUUGCCCAGAAGUAAGACCUCAAUAGAUGUCAGUUCACACUAGACAAGCACUUCCUAUGGCAAUUAAUAUAGUAGGGCUUGAAGUAAUAUAUUUGCCAGGAAAUCCAUACAGAAAUAACUUAGGAACACAUUGGAUGUGGUGGACUUCCGCAAAAUAUCAGACAACUUAGAGGAAAGAAGCCUUGAAGCUUUGGGGAAAUGAUGAAUGAGAGCAUUCUGUCACAUCUAAACAUAACGGAUAGCACACCGCACAAGCAUCCAGAACAGGAUACUUAAGCUAUAUUUGAUUGCCUUGUCAUUGAUUUUAUAAAUUUUAAAUCGUGGCCGUUACUCUCACCAUGAAUCAAAUUUUAAUAUGUACAGUGCAGGAGUGUUCUAUGCCUGUGUCAUUAUAUAAUUAACUUUAGAAUUUCUUUAGUUUCAAGUUUGUUAUUAUAGAAUACUUGAAGUAUUUCAAAAUGAAGCUAUAUGUUAAUUUCAUAGUAUAACGAUAUAUUUGGAUGUGUUUAACCAAGUUAUAAGUACCAUCAGUUUUGAAUUUGAAAUAAGUUUAGAAUCACAAACACUGGAAUAUUUCAGAAAUUUCCUAAAUGUCCUUCAGCCAGCUAUUUCCAAAGGUAACAUUUUACAUAACCAGAGUUAAUUAUCAAAUAGAGGAAAGUGAAAUUAUAAUGCUUUUAAACACAGGAUUUACUUGGGUCUCACCAGUUUUUUUUUUUUUUUAAGAUUUUGUUUAUUUAUUUGAGAGAGACAACAUGAACAGGAGGGA